AUGACGACUAAGACCAUCCAUGGAAACUCGCAAUUCCAGAAGCUCUCCUCUCUACGCUGGUCGUGGGAGUCACCCGGUGGAGGGUACCGUAAUGAAAUAGACCACAUCAUCGUCAAUAAAAGGUUCUGCCUGACGGAUGUCGCUGUUGUACCAAGGUUCAAUACGGGAUCGCACCAUCGCCUCCUUCGAGGGAAAUUUUCCUUCACAAGGAGAGCAGAGAAAGCCGCCAAGUUCAGAGAGAGAAAUCCCAUGACUACCAUCAACUGGGAUCUCUACGCUACGCUAGCCGGCUUCUGGGAAGAUUCCGCAAUGGACAACAUCGACGAGGAAUAUGACCGGCUUGUUGAACACCUUCACGACUGCGCGAAGAAGGCUGAGAGUUUUAAAACGAUCAAGAGCCUGUCUCUUGAAACUCUUGAGCUGAUACGCCAGCGUGGAGCAGCACGAGCCGCAGGGAACCAAGAACUCACGUCCGAGCUCGCAAGGCUUUGCAGAGAGACGAUAAAGGAAGACCUUAAAGAGAGAAGAGCAGAAGUGCUGGCUAAAGCUGCAGAGGCGGGGAAAAGUAUCCGCUAUGCCCGUCGAGACUUCGCCAGUCGCAAGACGAGGAUGACUGCUCUCAGGAACCCGAAGGGAACGACCAUAGCAUCGAGAAGAGGAGUGGAGAAAAUCAUCUACGACUUUUACUCUGAUCUGUUCGACAGCCAUGUCCACUUGCCUCUUCACCAUCUGAGGGAAAAUGGACAAGUCAUUCCAGAGGUUUUCCCGUGCGAAAUACGACAUGCUAUUAUGUCGGUAAGAAAUCACCACGGCACCCGGUCCCGACAGAAUAAGACCAAAACACCUGAAGAGCCUUCCGCCAGUACACAUCAACACCCUGACGAGGCUCUUCACGUUAUUUGUCGGAAUGCAAGGUUCCUAAACAGUGGAAGACCAGCAAGACCGUGUUGGUGUAUGAAAAGGGAGAUCCACAUGACAUCGGCAACUAUCGUCCCAUCUGCCUAUUGUCCGUCAUCUACAAGGUCUUUACAAGAGUGA